GUCAAGCAACAAGAGAGCAGACGACAACAAACAAUCUGUAUUUAUUGGUUUUUGGAGAAUGUGAUUUGAUUCAUUGGAAAAACUUGCAAUGUAAUAUAUAAAAGAGGAAUUUUAGGUCGGCCAUUAGAGCACCAUGGUGGAGGUAGAACAGAUCGUCGCGGAGCAGAUGCGGUCACAGGGUAUUCUCAAAGACCAGGAUGUCACCCAGCUGUACAUGGCCAAUAGGAAGUUGACCAAAGAUAGAGAUCUGCAACUAUCACGAUUCAAGAACUUGAAAUAUUUAUGGUUGAACGGAAAUCGCUUGCGUCAUAUCGGUUGUAUCACCAGGAACUUCCAUAUGACAGAGCUCUACCUACAGGACAAUGAACUGGUUGAUAUAUGUGGAGCGGUUGCACAUCUCACUUGCCUUCACACCAUCAUGCUCCAGAACAACCAGUUGACUAAGCUGGAGCAGACUGUAAAGGAAUUCAAAGCAAUGCAGAACCUAAGAGUCCUAAAUCUAUCAGGAAACCCUAUUGCCCAGGAGCCAGAAUACCGAUUCUUUGUGGUAUAUUAUGUGCCAUCCCUGCAGCUUCUUGACAGAAGUGAGGUGUUAAAACAAGAGAGUGACACUGCUGCUCGGUAUUACAACCAAGACCGUCAGGCUCUUCUAGAUACCAUUUCAUUUGGGCGAAGGUGGCCUCCUGGUCCUCCUAGGCAACAGGGUAGUGCAGCGGUACCACCUUAUCACCAAGUUAAUAACCAGAGAUACAGUGCUAAGCCAGUACCUGCCCUGACCGACAGUGCCCUAAGUACCGAAGGUGGAGUUAGUGAAACGUCAGAAGAUGACCGCGUAAUGAGACACUCUGUGAUGCAAUUCUCAACGGUUGAUUGGUCUAAGGUGCCAAAGUCACAAGAACGACGUAUUGGUGAUUCAAACACGAAAGAUAGUAAGGGACAAAUCAUCACUGUGCAGUUCAGAUAAACAGCGAUAGCGAUCACCAUUAUUUUCAAGGGGUUGGUACUAUAUGACUGGAUCUUGCAUUCGAUAGACAUUUAAAUGUCCACAUCGGUGACUAUAUUUAUUCCAUUCACAAUCUCCAACCAUCAUCGGUGACUAUAUUUAUUUCUCAGGCAUUUCACUAUCAUUUCUGGUGACUAACUCAUUCCAUUGGCAUUUACGAUGAGAUAUGUUGACUGUUUUCUUCCACUGACAUAUUACUAAUUGUAGCAACAGUGAAUAUAUUAAAUAUGUUUGAAAUUUGUAUUACCUCAUGGACAUAAUGUACUAUCUGUAUGAGUGACUUUUUUAUUCCAGACAUUUUUACUAUCACUGGUGACUAUAUUUAUUCCAUUGAAAUAUUACUAAUAGCAGUGGUGACUUUAUUAAAUGUUAUUUGAAAUGUGUAUUAUUUCAUAGACAUACUAUCUGUAUGAGUGACUUUUCCAUUCCAUAGAUAUUUUUACUGUCAUCGUCAGUGACUAUAUUUCUAAUAGGCAUUUUAAUAUCAUCUCUGUUGACUAUUUUAUUCCAUUGACAUUUGCCAUUAAGCUAUGGUGACUAUAUUACAGUAAUGCAUUUGAAUUGUAUGUUGUUAUUCCAUAGACAUACUAUCGGUUUUGGUGACUAUUCCAUUGCAUUUUAAAUAUUUUACCAUCAGCAUCAGUGAUAUUGUAAUGUCUGUCUUGGUGUGUGAAUUUUCUAAAGAUAUUUGACAAGGAGUUUCUACAGUAGUAUUUCUUCCAUUGACAUUUUACUCUCAGUAUCAAUGUUUAUUCCAUAUACAUUUUAAUACCAACUGCAGUGUUUAUUUUGCCAAAGAUAUUGUAAAAUGAGCUUCGUUGACCUUAGUUCUUCCAUUUGCAUUUUACAGUUGGCAUCGGUGACUAUAGGCCUACUUGUUCCAUUAACAUUGUACCAUCAGUAUCUGUAUACAAUACAUUUACUAUUAUAUUUUACUAUGAACUUGGAUUAAAUUUGUGUUAGUAUUUACUGUACUUCCAUAAAUCUUAUAAUGAACUCUAUUUUUAAUAGGUGUUAUAAUAAUAAUAUAAGUAACUAUAAUAAUAUUUUUGUUCAGGAAAAUUUAUGAAAAUAUCUACUGUAUUUUCAAGCCAAAUGCACACUACACAUAGUUUGUUGACCGUAAUCAGAAAUAGUGUUUCCCUUUGACAAUUUGCGGCACAUGACAAACUUUUGUUUUAGUUUCAUGUUUUGAUGAAGCACAUCAUCUUGUCAGUUACAUGAGCACUAAACGCUCGCUUGUUAUUCAACUCUCAAUUAGCGUGUUAAGAUGUUUAAACAUUUGUUCAGUGCAUACCAAAAAAAUAUUCGGUGAUAUGUUUCUGCAUUUGGCUUUUAAACAAUAUACUAGAAGACAGAAGUUGCCAUUUACUACUACGGUUUUCAUUGAUUAUAUUUUUUAAUACAGCAUCCUUUGACAUUUGCUUUACAUAACUUUUUGUAUUUGAUACUGAUAACGUUAAAUUUAGAUUCAUCUAUUUAUAUACAACUUUAAUAAUUUCCAGGUUGCUUUCUGCUUUUUAUAUUUUAAGUGUUUUUUAGACUAUUUAUUUUUCUAUGGCUGACAUAGUCUUUUAGAAUGUGCAACAUGUCUUUUAUUUAGGAUGCAUCAUCUCAUUGAUGGUGAUUUGGUACACUUCUUCCAGUCUUGCAUUUAGGAUGCAGGCCCUUGAGUUGGUGGUUUCUAGCAUGUAAAUGUGGAAUUUCAUCAUCCAAAUUCAAGCGCUUGGUGUAAAGCUUGCAUUUAAACUUCCCAUCUUUGGCAAGGUAUAUUUCCUCUCUUAAUGACAAAUGUCAAAUCAGGACAGAAAAUGUGUAUUAUUUCAGUGAUAUUGUAAUGUCUGUCUUGUGAACUGUAAAUCAGGACAGAAAUUAUUGCACAUUGUGUACUAUGUGAUAUUUAUGCCUGGUUUCUUUAAAAUCACUACGUGGCAAUCCCUGACACAACCAACCAAUCAGCAUCACCAAAAUCUAACCGCGAUAGCAUGUAGCGAUUGUAUGGAAACCUAGCUUUACUUUUAACAGUGAUCAGGGCAAUAAUAUGACGAGUGGAGAAUUGUUAUUUAUAUUACAAUAUGUGUGUGUUAUAUUAUUUAGUAAUAAAGAAAAAGAGUACAUUUGUUUUUUGAA